ACAUCCACAAUUACACCGCCACCACCACCUCCACCUCUUUCUCUCCAGCUUCUCUCUCUCUCGUCGACUCAUCUGAUCGAUUCCGAUUGCUUUAUCUUGUUUAGCAGCCAUUAAAGAACUGAAAAAGGUUCGAAUUCAGAUCAAGAUUAGUUGAAAGGUUCAAAGGUUGUAUCUUUUUUACAGAAAAUUUGUGGGUUUUUGUUGUUGUUUUCGAUUUCAGUUGGAAAUUUUCAGAUGGGUUGUUUGAAAUUGGGAUCUUGAAAUUUAUAGUGAUGAUCAAGAUUCGAGAAGAUCCUGAAAUUUAUGGUGACGACUGACGAAUUUGGCCGGAAAAAGGUAUUUGGUCUGAAGGUGACGGUGGGUUUUGAAGUUGUUUGAUUUCAAAAGUUAAGUGGUCGUUUUUUAUGAUUUUGAAGUUAAGUGGUCUGAAGGUUACGGUGGGUUUUGAAGUUGUUUGAUUUCAAAAGUUAGGUUUAUUGAUAUUGGAUCUGUGUUUGAGUUUGAUAGGUUAAAGUUUAGAAAUUUGUUUGAUUUUUUUUUUUUUUUGUGGGUUUAGAAGAUUAGUGGAUAUUGAAGUUGUUACUUUUUUUCUAGCCAGAUUCGUUUUUUUUUUUAUUUUUUGUGACGGGUUUGAGUGGUGGUGGUGGUUUGGGCAGUGUAGUGGUGGUGGUGGUGGUUGUAUUAUGGUUUUUUUUCAGCUUAUAUCCAGCUUAUAAAACAAACAGUAUUAUAUUUUCAGCUUACAGACCUUCAGACCACAUCUUCAGUUGCAGACAUAAAAUCAGCUGAAAUAAGACUGCAGACAGUCUUUAUCUAAAAAAAACAAACAUCACCUAACAAACAAAAGAAAAGUGAAAUUUUCAAUAUAUUUUGCCCAAUAAUUAUUAUUAUUAUUAUUAUUAUUAUUAUUAUUAUUAUUAUUAUUAUUAUUAUUAUUAUUAUAUUUAGCUGUGGUUAACACCUCAACCCCCCUCUAUUUAUCCCAAUACUCAAACCUACCCAUUCGUACCUGUAUCUCACUUACUGACACUGUGAUUGCAAAAUCAUGAACACCACCCAAUCCCCCAUUUUCUCUCUUCAUGAGCCUCAACAUUUCAGCGACUACGGCUUCGACUCUCAAUUCGACUAUUUCCAGGUGUUAGAAGAAGCAAGAAAACACAAACGUGAAACAUGUUCAUCCAGAUCCAACAUCGACACCCUCCAUUUCAAGCUCCAAAAACCCGUUACUAAAGACGACAAUAGCAAGAAGAUUAAAAAGAGUCGUAAACGUUGGUGGAAACACGCCUUGCAUUUUUUCAAACGCAAACGAACUGCCUCCCCACCGUCAUCCAACGUUGUGUAUGGAGACGGUGGGGGAGUUCGGGCGGUGUCUGGACCGGUGUAUUUAGCGGAAAGUAGGAGUGGAAAUUCCACUCCUACUUACCACCGUUUGUCCACUAGUAGGCCGUCGUCUGGACCACUAGCUGGAACAAUUACACCGGUCCGGAAAGGUGAUUUGGAUAUACCGUACGUUAGUUUGACUGAAGUCAACGUUGAUCAAAGUUGCAAGAUCUCGGCAUCUCCCAUGCCUAUUUACUUGGUCACUUGACGCCGUUAGUGUGCACUUACUUUUUUAUGUGUUAAAAGAAUGAGGAAAGUGGAGAUUGGUGGGAAAUAUGUGUUUCUUUCUGUCUUUUGGCAGAGGUUCGCUUUAUUGUUAACUGAACUCAUGCUUUGACUAUAGUCAUGUUGACCAAUUUCUUGUUUGGGAUAUAUUUUUUGGAGAAGUGAUGAUUGUAGUUCGGUUAUGACAAUAUUUAUAUUAUAGCAUCAAGGUGUUUAUUAAGAUUA